GUGGCCGAAGUGGUGAUGCCGAGCAGCGCCGCACGGCCGAGCACUGCAGUGUUGACGCCUGAGGAGGCAGUGUGGCUGACGCAACGAGGAGGUUUUACUAAUUUCAUCCUUAUUGUGAGCGGAAUUGACAUAUUCUCACCAGCCUCAGCAAGAGUGACGUCUUCCCACAGGAUGUUGGCGACAAAGUUGUCCACGGUGUGCCGCAUGAGUGGUGUGCUGGUGAGGCCAUCUCUGUCAGCAGCCCCCAGGACACCCCUCACCUUGCUGACUCGGAGCUACAGGGAUGCCGGCCGCCCAUUCACCCGUCGCUCCAGGCUGCGGGAGGCUCAGUCAAAGGUGGUGGAGACAACACAGACCACCAAGGGGAAGAUUGGUCCCAUGGAGGUGGGCCAGAUAGCUGUGGCAGGUGGUGCUGUCCUGGGGAUUGGAGCCAUUUGUUACUACGGCCUUGGGAUGUCCAAUGAGCCAGGAGCCAUUGACCGUGUAGUGGUGUGGCCACAGUAUGUGAAGGACAGAGUGCGAGACACCUAUGCCUAUUUUGGGGCAUCUUGUGUUGCUACGGCUGCCUCAGCAGUGGCAGUGUUUCGCUCGCCCCUUGGACACCGAUUUUUUGCCCUUUGUUCCCGCCAUCCAAUCAUGUCCACAGUUGGAAUCCUUGUGGGUCUGGUGGGCACAGGGCAAGCCAUGAUGUCCAUUCCUUACUCUCCUGGUCUGGGAGCUAAACAGAUGAUGUGGCUGGUCAACUGUGGCAUGCUGGGGCUGGCUGUGGCCCCCAUUGGUGCUCUGGGUGGGGCCAUUGCUGUAAGGGCUGCUUGGUACACUGCAGGCAUUAUUGGUGGCCUGAGCACUGUGGCUGUAUGUGCACCCAGCGACAAGUUCCUUAACUGGGCGGGUCCUCUUGGCAUCGGCCUUGGGGGUGUGCUUGUUGCCUCCCUGGGAUCAGCCUUUCUUCCACCCACCUCAGCCAUGGGACUGUCCCUCUACUCCAUCUCUCUGUAUGGUGGACUUCUCCUCUUCUCAGCCUUUCUCCUUUAUGACACUCAGAAGGUGGUGCGCAAGGCUGAGACUCACCCUAACAUGUGGGGUGUGAUGCCCUAUGACCCUAUCAACAUGUCACACCACAUCGUGAUGGAUGCUGUCAACAUCUUCAUCCGCAUUGCGCAGAUACUGGCCAUGGGCGGUGGUGGUAGGAGGAAGUAGUGCGUAUAUUUUUAUCUGUUGGCUGUACAUUUGUGGAUAUCUUAGUGAGAUGAAAUGACACUGUGAUGAGGUGUGUGUGUGUGUGUGUGUGAUGCACUACUGUAUUAAGGGACUUGGAUGCUGAUAUACUAAAUUAACUAGUAUCAUAGUUUGUUCCUUGGAAUGUAAUUGGCAACCAAGGAAUUAUAGUUAAUUAUCAUCUGUAAAUAGAUUCAUAGUAAUCUGUGUAACAUUAAGUAAUAAAGUCAUAUUAGAAACUGUUUAUAAUCAAACUAACCUUUUGCAGGUGGUAAAGUAGAGAUGUAAUGGUGCAGUGCACCAGUGAUGGAAGUAGAGUUAUCUUAUAUAUAGUGUUCCUCUUAAAGGGCAGCCAUCCACUCUGUUGGCACCUUGUUUACUCUUAUGAUACAUUGCUGCCUUUAACACUGUAUGAAGACAUAACAUUUAUAUCAUGUAUGCAGUAAUGCUGCUAAGAAUGAAUCAAAGGAUGGACAGCAGUGGUACCACCACAAUAUUAGUCAUGACAGUAGUAGUAGUAGUAGUGGGUGGUGGUGGUAAUAUUGGUAUUUUUAAGACAUCUUGAAACUUUUCUCAAGCUAAUAUUGGUAUUUUUAAGACAUCUUGAAACUUUUCUCAAGCAAAUGAGCUUUUUUGCCUAUUAAUUUUAGGAGAAAGUUUGCUUUGUCACAUGGUUUGCAAUUUAUUACAAGUUCAAGGGAUCCAUUACCUAGAUGAUAACACAGCUUUAUCUCUAUGGGAUGAGAGUAGCUGAAGUGUACAAUCUCCAUUCUCUACAUCUUAAAUAACCCCUUCCCAGUGGUAGGGCAGAUGAGUGUUUCACCAAAUAAAAAAUUGUCUAUAUAUAGACUCUGCCAACUUUCAUCCAUACGUCUUUGUAUAGUUUCCCAGCAAAUGGGUACUCCAUAUUGACAUUUAUAUCUUUUGCAAAACUGAACAAGUGACAUGUAUAUAUUUAGACUUUGUUGCAAAACUGAUCAAACAAUUGAAUCUAUACAACUGUUAUUGGUUUGGUGAUAAUAAAUGUCGAUAUAUUAGUAUGAAUGUUUGGAGUUACACCCAGAACUUGUGACUUGGAUGUAAUUAACCAUUUUUUUGUAUUUUUCACAUACAUACUUGUUUUGUACCUAUUAAUUUUUAAGCAACAUUGCUAGCAUGUGGUACAGUUCUUUCUCCUUGACAUGAUAGGCUAAUAAAAAAGAAUAAUAAUAAAUAAAUAAUAAUAAUAAAAUAAAUAAAUAAAAUAAAAAACAAAGAUUUCCAGUAUUGGCUUAUGUGUGUAGCACAUCUACCAUCAACAAAGCACAAGUGGUGACUGGCCUUGAGAGGCCAUGUUGACCAAUGUUUGGGUAUUUGAGAGGCCAAAUAAUGGUUUAUUUUAUGAAUUUUGUUACUUGUAAAGAAUCGUCUAUAUACAGACGACACUAUAACUUAGUGCAGUAAAAUAAGAACAAGCGUCUAUGUAUAGAUGAUCUGACAAAAAGUUCUGUUUUCAAAACGUCUAUAUAUAGAUCCUCUGCUGGGAAGGGUUAAUCUAAACUUUUUACUAAAAGAUAAAGGAUUCCUCAACAUACAUGUUCAGUUGUUUAAUUAGGUACUUCCUGUAACAAAUAAAAACCAUAGAGUGCAGUCAUAUAUAGAUAUAUACCAAAUAUGUUUCACUAUACUAAUUGAAAACACUUUGUGCAUUAAAUAUUAUAUGUUCACAGGAA